CUAUAUAGUCUGUGGGGGAAAAAAAAAAAAAAGAAAAAACGUACUCGACAAACGUGUGCAAAUGGUUGUUUGCUAUUUUUCGUUCGAUUUUCAUUUUGAUUAGACAUAAUUACCAAUAAUAAUAAAACUGUGUACCGAGCUAACUACGCGGAAAUAGAAUAAUAUUUUCAACUGGAAUAUCGCGUCGUUGGGUGAAAAAUAAAAAAAUGAAAUCGCCAUCGAUGUUUGUCGUCUUCUUAUCAUGAGCUUUUUUUCGUUUCCAAGACGAGUGGUGUUUCCGUUUUGGUUCUAUCCGAAAACGGGCAAUCAAUUUUUUUUUUUUUUUUUUUUUUUAAUAUUACAUUGAAUUUCCAAAAUAAAAUGAAAAUGUUCACACACAUUCAUGUAUAAAACAACAAUAACACACACUAUUACUAAUCUCUUAAUACUCGUAUAAUUUAUACGGACGCAUGUAUCUAUAAUAUUACGUUGUUUUUUUUUUUUUUUUUUUUUUAAAUGUUAAACGUUCAAAAGGCGGAUUAAGUUUCACGGGCCGUCAUAAACAAGUCGUACCGAUACACAGUUGUUAGCGAACCGCUCGCGUCCGUCGACGACGUUUACGUCGGAAUUAUCGUACGCAUUAUCAGUAAGUAUUGGGGUACAACAAAAUGGCUGUUUUUGAGUCCCGACUUGUGAUCUGUAUUUCGUUCCGAUAACCCACCUUCUUGCCCACCUUACAUCACUCGUGGCCUGCACACGUUUCUGUUAUGUCCCUCUCUUUAUCAUCCGCCCCAAUAUUUAUCAAAAACUUCCACCCCACUCCUUUGAAUAUCUGUUUAAAUUAAUGUUCAUUCCUGUAUAUUUCACAAUUUCACUUGACAAUUAAACCACAUAAUUUAACAAUCAAUUAUACUUGCCAUUACUGUGUACCUACUUACAAAGUUCCUAGGUAAAAUAAAAAUUACCUACCUUAGAAUAUUUUAGAAAACCUGAAACCCCAUAGAUAAUCGGGCCUUAGUGUUUUCGAUUGAUAUUUAUUGUUACCGUUUCAUUCAAAUCGUUUUAAAAUUGUGUAUCUUAGUUAUUACCAAAUCAAAAUAUCAUGUCUAAUAUUAUACAUGAUAACUGUUGCAGGUGGUUGUAUUUUGAACAUUAUUCACAAUUAAAUGGUUUACCUAGUCGGCAAUUAUUUUAUUUCAGAAUGAAUGUUGUGAAAUAAAUAUAGGUCAUUCAAUAUCAUAACUUAUAUUUAAUAAUCGGAAGAGAUCAUUUCUUGUCUUGGUAAAUUUUACAAUCAUUUUUAUUUAAAUCAUACAAGUUACAGAAAACCACAGUUUAGCAAAACAUUUAAUGGGCGGGGUAGUUCUUAUAAAUUGGUCAUAAUAUACCUAAUGUACAUUUAAAAAAAAAAAAAUAAAUAACAUUACAAUUUAAGAAGAACCAGAUAAUAAUUUAAGAUUAUUUAGACACACUGACAUUAAAUAUCUAUUGUUUUUAAAAUAUGGUUAAUACUUAAUAGUGUAAACAUUUGGAUUUAAGGUGAUUGAUAUUCAGAAAAUAAGAAUUGUUUCUUCAGGCGCAAUGAAUCCUGCUGUUAAUAAUUCUAGGUAUUUGAAUCAUGUUUAUGUAAAAGUAUAUUUUCAGUUUUCUUCUUAUUACCUGUCAUUUAAUAUAUUAUCUUAGAAUUAUUAUUUAAUUGUUAUGUUAUUUCUUUUACUUGCAUCUUUAACGUAAACAACUUAUUGAGAACUAGCUUAUUUAUUUUCUUCUUAAUUCGUGGCUUGAAUUAGUUAUAAUUAUCUGUCAUUUUUAUAUAAAUUGCGAGGGUCAUAUGAAGUACUUCUUAUUUAAUAACAUUUUUCCAUUAAUUAUUGAUUAUUUGUAUAUUUUUCAAAUUGUUAUUUUUGAUUACCCAAGUCCAUAUAUUGUAAAACCAACAUUAUUUUUUUUGUCACAUUCACUAUCUUAAGUUAUGUUUCCUGCUACCCAUUUAAUUUUAUUUAUAUAAUACUUACAUUCAUAGAUUUAUGUAUGAAAAAUACUUGAUAUAUCUAAAGAAUAUGAUGUAUCUAAUUUAAAUUGUAUUGUCUAAAAUAUAGGUAAAUACUAGAGCUUUGUAGAGUUAAUUUUAAUUUUCAUACCUAUGCAAUUUAUAAUAAAAAAUCCACUGGCUCUUAAAAUAUGGUAGUUAAUUUAUAUUCUAGGUGAGAAAUCAUAGUGUAUUUAAAACUGUUUCUGACUUCAAAUGACUUUCAAAGUUUGGCUUAAAUAUUUUAUGUAUAUACUAAAACAUUGCAUGGAUAAAAUUUAUAUUUAUAAUAGAUUUUUUAAAUUUUGGUUGCUUUACAUAGUGCUGAUAAGAUUCUUGUACUAUGCCUGAAUUUAUAAUAUAUAUUUUUCUGUAGUGUACCACACUGCAGCAGUGAUGAAUUAAAUGGAUCCUCAGAUAGGUUGGCUACAACCAGAACAAGUAGGUCCCGCUCAAGAAUUUUGGUCCAGAAUUUUGGACUUAACUGAAGAUACUGACAGUAACGACGACAAAUAUAGUACUGAAAUUUGUCAAGAAGAAGAAGAAGACGACGAUUAUUCUCUGCCAUUGGAUUGGAAAUUUGAUUUCUCUAUAGAAGAUCAAGAAAUCAAGACUAGUAAUCUUUAUGAGCAAGGCUUAUUCACAAAUAUAGCGAGUACAUACAAUAUGAACAAAAUGCAAUCACAUUAUAUUGGUAAAUUUGGCGGGUGUCCAUGGAGACAUGGAAAAACUUAUGACCGUCAACCAAUUUGCACGUAAGUUUGAAAGUUCAAUCAUGAGUUAGAUAUUUUAUUAAAACAAUUUUUUUUCAAUUCAGCCUCCAUAAAGAGAUAGAAGACUUUUUCGCAUAUAUGUCAGCUACACCAGAAGAGCACAAUAUGAGGCUCGAUGUUUUGGAACGUGUAACCAAUGUUAUACAUGCGGAAUGGCCUAAAGCUAAAGUUGAAGUAUUUGGUAGUUUUCGAACUGGACUUUAUUUACCUACUAGGUAUGAAAUUAUUUUAAAUAAUAUCAUUUUCAAUAGAAAAAACGUGUAUAAAAAAAAAUGUAUAUAUAUAUAAGAAAAUACACAUUUAUUUAUUUAUUUGUAUAUUUAAACGGGCAAACCCAGUUACAAUUAUAGACGUACGUCUAGGAUUUACAAUAAUAUUUUUGUUACAGUUUUUAUCUUAAAUAUUAAAUAUAAUACAGAAAAUACAUAGGUUUAAGUACAAUAUAUGUGAUGUGAACAUCAAUAAUCGGAAUAGUUCACUAAAAGAAAAUUAUUAAAAAUAAAGAUAUUUUUUAUUUUUAUAUAAUUAUAAGAUUGCAUCAUUUAGUAUGUAAUAGUUUUAUUAAUAUAUUUCCUAAUAUUUUUACUUUAGUGAUAUGGAUCUGGUCGUAAUAGGUGAAUGGGACACAUUACCAUUGCAUUCACUUGCUCAAGCUCUACUUAAAAAUGGUGUUUGUAAUGACAAUAUACAAGUUCUUGACAAGGCAUCGGUAAAUAAUUAUAUUUUAUCAGUAUUUUAGAAAUUUACUAUUCUUUUCUGUUUUUAAGAUGAUUGAUUUAUAUUGAUAGAUGUUUUUUUUACUUAGGUUCCAAUUGUUAAAAUGACGGAUAAAGCUACUGAUGUUAGGGUGGAUAUUAGUUUUAACAUGAAUAAUGGUGUUAAAUCAGCUGAAAUGAUUAAACAUUACAUGGAUGUAUUUCCAAUGCUUCCUAAACUAGUGUUGGUACUAAAGCAAUUUUUAGCCCAGAGGGAUAUGAAUGAAGUGUUUUAUGGAGGUAUAUCUUCAUACAGUUUGAUCCUUAUGGUUGUUAGUUUUUUACAGGUAUUGUAUAAUUAAUACAAUUUACUAAGUUUUAUACAUGCAUUUAAAUUAAUGUUAUAGUUUAUACUUUAUACUUGUUUUUGUGAAUAGUUACAUCCUAGAGGAGAUUUAAACUACCCCACUGCCAAUUUAGGCGUAUUGCUCAUAGAGUUCUUCGAACUUUAUGGCAAACAAUUUAAUUAUAUGAUAACAGCAAUAAGAGUGAAAGAUGGUGGACUAUAUAUAUCUAAAGAUGAAGUAAAAAAAUAGCAUACAGUUCUGUUAUAAACAAACAUUAAUCUACUAUACUAUUUAUAGGUCCAAAAAGACAUGGUCGAAGGUCACAGGCCUAGUAUUUUAUGCAUAGAAGAUCCAUUAACACCCGGAAAUGAUAUUGGCCGUGGUUCUUAUGGUGCUCUUCAAGUAAAAAGUGUAUUUGAAUAUGCAUUUACCACACUAAAAGCUGCUCUUGACCCUCAAAUUGUUCCCCCUAAUUUUAGGUUUGUUUUUGUUCAUUCUAUAAACAUUUUGUUCAGGUAUAUUUGUUUGUUAUAAAUAAUUGUAUAGUUUAUUGAAUUGUAAUUAUAACAAACUUAUUGUUUAAUGUACAAUUUACUUUACAGUAUACUUGGACGAAUAGUACGAGUUAAUGACAAAGUAAUACUCUACCGGCAGUGGGUUAGAGAUACUUAUGCUCUACAAAAUACCCAAAGAAUAAUAAUUAAUAAUUAUUUGACUACUAGUAAUAUUAGUAACAAUGUUAGUGUGUCAACAAAUACUAGUAGUAGAGCUUCUACGGUGUCUUCUGGUUCUGGAUCAGCAGAAUCUGUAAGUGUUAAUUAAAGAAAAAAAAAAAAUAUAUAUAUAUAUGUAUACUUAUGUCCUACAUGUUAUCCUUAUGCUAAUAACUGUCAAUAUUUAUUUAUUUUUAUUUUUUUUUUUCAAUUGGGUUUUGUGCGAGAGGGAUACAAUGUAAAGAAAAAUUAAAUUUUAAUUUUCAUCCCUUAAUCAAUAGAAAAAAAAACUUAAUAGAAUAUAAAGAACUACUUAUACUGGUUGUGAUUUAUUAUUGCGCAACGUGUUAUUCUAUUGAAAAUUGUUUUCACGUAAAUUUUUUAAAAACUAAAAUGGCUAUUAUCAAGAAACUCUUAAUCAGAUAUGAAUCUAUGAUACAUUAAAAUGUUUAUAAUAAUAUUUUUUACAAAAAUUAGUGAUUUAUAAAAUUCAAGUAAAAUAAUUAUGUUUUAGGACUCUGAGAGUAGUAUAGAAAAAUUAAGCGACCACGGUGAUCAGAAUGAUCUGAAUGAUCAGAAUAGUAAUUACCAACCAAGGCGUAAAUAUCCACAUCAUUAUAGGCAUAAUAGUUGGAAUAAUCAACAGCAUUAUCAAAUGAUUAAUCCUGGUAAUGACGAAUAAUAAAAUACCUAUUUAAUUUAAAAUUACUUACAUAUAAUUAAAAAUAUAUUUACUAUUUAGGUAGUCACACACCUUCACGUAACCAAAGGAUAAUAUGCACUAGUCCAGCUAAUAGUUACCAACAUCGUGGUUUCACCAACAACAAUUAUAAUAAUAAUUAUAACAAUCAUCAAAACUAUCGGCCGCAUGCUGGAAAUAAACACCAGUUUACAGGCAAUUACCAACCACACUUUGGAAAUUUCACAUCAUCACAUAAACGUCAAAAACGGAAAAAUCAAACACAAGAUGUAAGAUAAAAUGUGCGUCCAAUCUUAAAACUUUAAAGCAAUAAACGAGACAAAGUAUAUGAUAACUUAUAAUAUUUUUAAAAAAAAAAAAAAUUAAAAAAUAACAAAAAAAAAAAAAAUUACAAAAAUAUUAAAAGCAAAAAAAAAUUGUGAGGAUCGUCUUUUUUCGACGAUUUUUUUUUUUCUUAAAUCUAAAACAAUCAUUUAUUAUAUAGCAAAAAGUAUAUUUAACAAAGUUAUUUAAAAAUAAUUAAUUCUUGAAAAAGAAUUUAUAAAAAGUUAAUUCUAAAACAAAAUUAUUCCUUGCUUUUUUUGGAGGGAAAAAAAAUGUAAAAACUACAGCGAUUUUUUAUGAAGCUGGUAAAUUUUUUUUUAAAUAUUCACUAAUUUUUUAUUUAUUCGUACAUUUUUAAAUGUCUAAAUAUUAAAAGACUAAUUCAUUCAACUCGUAAAUGUUCGUCCUGCGGUAUACAUAAUACAUAUGUUAAUAAUUAUAUUUUUUUUUCAUACAAUAUAUACUACAAUGAAAUAUUAAAAUGUGCAUGAAAUAAUAUGCUCCACUUAUACAGUUAAAUUGUCACUGCCACAAAAUGCAUUGAAAAAAAAAGAAUAAAAGAAGUGUGGCGUACAAAUUAAAUUGCGCUCGUCAAAGCCCAUUGUGUUCCUAGUCAUUUUUAUAAUUAAAUUAUAAUUUACAUGUAAAUUUGUAGUCGUAAAUCGAAUAUUAUCUAAUAUUUAUUGUGAGAGUGCAAAUAAAUUGGAAGUUAUUUAUGUACGGACAUGCUGUCUUUCAAAAACUAAUAAACACAGCAAUGUGGAAACAUGUUUAUAGGAGCUUAUUUACAUCUAUACUUAAUGCUAAUAUUGAGUACAAGUUAUUGUUUUUUUUUUCUUUUUGUUAGCAUUGUUAAGAUAUAAGCGUGAAGUAUAAAAAAUUUACGAAUUGUUAUUAUGUUCAUAAGUGUUACUUUACUAUAAUGCACUGCGUUGUUUUCAGUCAGCCAUGAAAAUUAAUAAAAAAGUAUAUAUUUAUGUAUGUAUAUAUAUAUAUGUGUGUGUGUGUGUGUGUGUGUGUGUUUGUCUAUAACUUUACAUACAUACACAAAAAAAACGCAUUAUGUAUACAUAAUAUGUAUGUUUAUAAAGAAAAACACCAAAAAUAUUUUUUAUUUGGUAAAAUGUAAAUAACUAGAUUUUAGAUAAUGAUUUAUGACAUUAAUAUAUAUUUACAACGCUGUGUAUUAGUAGUAAGCAACUAUAGUUACUAUGGAGACUGUUUUUAUGUCACCAGAUUAUGUAAAAAAAAAAAAAAUGUAUAUUUUAUUAUUAUUAGUUUUUUUUUUUUGAAAGGUAUAAAUAAUACGUUUUUGUUGUAUUACUUUUUUUUUUUUUAAUAAACAUCUUAAAGCCGAAACAUGUGCCCUUAAUAAAUUUUAAAUUACCCACAAAUAAUUUGCAACCGUUACUUGUAAUAUUUUUUCCUAUUCCUUUAGGUGUCUCAAGUACAUUUUGUGUUUUAAAAACGUUUAUUAACUAUUCCCAUAUUGAUAUCAAAAGAUGAUUAUUUGUAUUCUUCGAGAAUCUGUUUAAAAUUGAAUGAAAUACAUAUAUGUAUAUGCAUUCAAAUAUUUUUGGUAUUAAUUAGAUUUUUUUUUAAUAGAUUAUGUCAUUUUUAUUUUUUAAACUGAUACAUUUGAAACUAAAACAAAAAAAAUAACUGGUUUAUAUUAAUUUAUCUCGUAAUGUUACAUUUCUAUUUAUUUCUAUAAGCAAAUAAUUUAUUCCUUACUAUUUAAACGAACUAUUAAUCAUUGCAUAACUAAUAAUCAUUUGUGUGAAGGAAUUUUACUACAUUUUUUACUAAACAAAUAUGAUAACAAAUGUAUACAUAAUUAUUAUGAAUUAAGUACAUUUCAACAUCUAAAUAUAUUUAUUAAUUAUAAGUUUGGUGAUAAAAAAUAAUGCUUAGACUGAU